GACAGCGGCGGAGCUGCCAUGGCAGCCGGAGCUUCCCCCUGGCACAGCUACCUCGAGGUGAUCCUGUCCCGCGAGAGGCAGCGGCUGGAGCAUUUCCAGCGGGCCGAGGACAUCCUGCUCACCUUGCUGGAGGGCGUCCACGCCAGGGACCCCCGCUUCCUCGUGGACUACGCCAGGAACCUGGAAGCCUUUGAGUUAGCUCUCUGUGCCUCUGAGGAUGCUGUCACUGUGGAAGUCCCCCUGCGAGUCGACGGUAAUGCCCUGUCGGUGGUGGUGUGCCAGCCUGGGGACAGCCCAACCGGGCACCAUCCAGGGCUGGACACCUGCUGUUUGGAAGUGCCUUCUCCAGGGACCGACUUGGAGGACUGGACCGGCACCGUGGGUGCAAUGGAGCAGGGAGGUGGUGCAGGGUGCCUAGUUCCGGAAAAAGUCCUCCAGCGCCUGAAAGAGCUCCUUGUUUCUGCCAUCGUGCACUGCCAGCGCCAGUUCCUGCUGCAGCCAGGUGACCUCAGUGCUGAAAAUCUGCAGGAAGAUACUAUGGAGCUCUCCCUGCUCAUCCGUGGUGGCUGGAAGACUCUCCGCUUUGACAUUGUCCCUGUGGUGAAGAGGUGGCAGGAGCCACUCCAGCUCAAGGGGAGGCAGAGAGACAGGGGCUUCCCCAAAGGCAGCCUCCAGAAGGCCACGGAAGAGGCCCACUUUGUUCCAGCCUCUGCCCAUUGCUGGAGAUCCUCCACUCACCUCCCCAUCCUUAAGCUGCUCCAGGCAGUGGACACACAGAAGGGACCCCGUCUGGACAGCCUUCGCCUGCUCGACCAGCUCCGCAGCCAGGACUGGGGAGAAGAGGGUGGAAAAGGCGGUCUCACCUUCAACCACCUGAAGAUGGUGCUGCUGUGGAGCACAGAGCUCUUCCCCUCCCCAGAGGACUGGCAGGACCUGGAGGGCUCCAUCUACAGGCUCUUGGUGAUCCUCCUCCGCUGCCUGGCCACCGGCUGCCUGCCCCAUUUUCUGCACCCAGAGGAGAACCUCUUCCAAGGAGAGCCCUUGGACCUCACCUCCCUCUACCGUAAAGUGGAGAGCUUCGCCCAGGACCCCCGACGCUUCCUCCGCUUCCAUUUUGGCCUCCCUGCGUGGACUGACAGGUGGCAGGCAGACACCGGCACCCGAGCCCUCCUGCAGCUCCCUGCCAAGGAUGGAUCAUACUGGGACACAGCCUACUUUGACAUACUUCUCAGCCAGUUCCAGGUGUACCGGAUCCAGGAUGGCGCACGCCGCUCAGCAAUGUCCCAGCUCCUCUCCAAGAUCCGUCGAGAAAUACCCCAGCAGAGCUGAGCAGGACCCCGCUGCUGCCCCAUCUGGAUCUCUCGAAACUCGGUGUGGGGGUGCAAGGCGAGCUAUGGAGCUAGGGAGCAGCAUGCUGUCGUGUUGCUUUAUUGAGGAAGGAUAGUACCAGGGAGCGAGCUCACAUCUGCUGCAGCUGGGUGGGGAUGCACAGCCUCUCGGAUCCCCUGGUGGAGCUGGGCGCCAGGGAGGGUGUUUCAUCCCAGGGUACCUAAUCUGGGGUGGAUGUAUGGUGAGCUGCACUGUGGGGGUUCUGGUGCGGGGACAGUGAUGGUGGUAGGAGGGGAAGGUCAGAUCCUGCAUCCAGACCUCAUGUCAGCUUGCAGUGGGGCUGUCGUACCCUGGGGCCAGGGGAAAGGGAGCAGCUGGGGGCCCAGGCCAUCAGGGUGAGGAGUGACCCUGUGUGGGGACUGGAAGAAAGGGUUUUGAGCCACAUCCUGUGUUCAGCAAGCUGCAGCCCUCACCUCCCCAUCUCCUGCUCUUCCAGCUUCUCCUUCCCACUCUGGCUUGGGUUAAUGGGUGUUGCAGCGUUUCCUGCCAGCGCUCUGAAGAGGCAGCAGAGCCCCCUGCCUGCCAGCUGCUUGCAGCUGGGUAUGAGGGGGAGCACCACGCUGCCUCAGCUGGACCCCCACUUUGCAGGGGUGCUCAGAGCCUGUGGCGGUGGCAGCGCACAAGGGCGUCUCUCAGGGCACGCAGCACACUGUCCACGUUGCCGCUGGUGGAGUUGCAGCCCAUGAGGCCAAUGCGCAGAACCUGAGAGGAGAAGGACGAGCAUCUCCCUGCAGCACCCCACGUUGUGGCCAUGCCCCAGUGCCAUCUCCCUGAGAGCAGAACGGCCGGCAGCAGAGCGCGGGGUCCUGCACAGAGCAGGGGCCACGCGAGGAGCGGCCAUGCAUGUGGCUGGGCACGAGUGCUUGUGUACAAGGCAUUGCUCGCUCCUGUGUAACACACAUUCCCGCUAAAGAUGUGUCGCCCUGCUAA